CUUGCAGAGGCCAGAAGAGAGCAUUGGAUCACUUGGAACUACAUUUACAAAUAGUUGUAAGCUACUUUGUGGGUGCUGAGAAUUGAACUAGGAGCGGUGAGCUCCGGAGCUCAAAGACGCUCCGGAGCAUCGUCGAGACCCAGAGACCCCGAGUGUCGUCGAGCCCCCGAGUAUCUUCGAGCUUCUGAGCUACAUGCGAGCAAAGUUCCUCUUUGAAAAAGCACCUGUAUCCUAGCCAGGUAGUGCUUGAGAUCUAUCUACUCACAGGCCAGAAUCUCUGUUUCAUACAGCGGCAAAGCCUAGGGCUUGAUUGGUUGAAAGUCCUGUUAAUGUAGUCAUCAAUAUCUGGGCAAGCAUGUCACUAGAUAAUGAAGAACAAGAAAUACCUGCUGAGACUAUCAUGGAAAAAAAAUGAUCUUACUUCACUUUUCCACCUGUGCUGAGUGUCUGUCUCAAGAUUCUUACAUAGGUUGUUCUCCCUUGACAUGCGUUGCUGAGUGGGAAAUUGCUUCCAGUGCCAUUCUGGUAAACUUGGGAAGCAAAUUGAAACUACAGGAUUAUUAAUAAUCUAAGAUACAUAUGCUUUAUUUGCUGAUAAAAAAAAUAUGGAUCCUAUAGUGAUACACGCUCAAGUCCAAAUGUGGAGUGCAAAGGCAGGAAUGUCUAAGUCAAAAAGUGUAUGCAUUGAAUCAAAGGUAGGAAAACAGGAAGUUAAACUUCUGCUCUAUUUCAGCAGUGGGAAGAUUAAAGCUUUGCAGCUAAAAAAUAAUAUUAAAAGUGUGAUCCUUAGAACCUAUGGUGACGACCAGAAUUACCUACAUUUAACUUUUCGAAAUAAUGAUUUCUUGUUUGUUGAGAAACUAACCACCACAGAUGCCAGACAACUGAAGAGAUUCCUGGACAAAGUGUAUCAAAAAAAUCUUGGGGCAUCCAGGAGAAGUGAUGAGGAGACUUCUGGUGGUCCUAGCACAAGCACAGAGGAGUUGGGUGGCUCUUCAUCAAUGGAAGUUCAUUCGGGAGCAAGUAGUAAAUGCUUGGAAUCGCUCAAAGGAAGUGAAACAUCAGUGCUUUGUGAGGUACCUUUGCCUUCAUCCUCAUCAGCCUCACUUAAUAGGUUAGGGUUAUUAGAAAAACAACUUGUAAAGAGGAAAAGAUCCUCACCUGAUUCAGAAAUGAAGGAAAAAGGAAAUGUCCUGAAGUACAGUAGUGGGAAAUUUGAGGUAAAGUCAGCGGUGCCUGUACAUGAUGAUAAAGGGAAAGAGAGAGAUUUAAGAGAGGCAGAAAAAAGUAAACCAGCAUUUGGAUUUUCAUCUGAGACAGGCUAUCAUGAAGAGUCUGAUUUGGAUGUUCGUAAUCUCCAUGAUCUCAUUAGAAAAUUGUUUUCACCAUUUCUGUUGGAACCACACUGUAUGGAGAAAUGCGUAGAGUGGCAUGAGUAUAUGAAAACACUCUUACUGUACCCAGAGAAAGCAUGGCAAGGUCUACCUAAUGUGGGAAACACCUGUUAUAUAAAUGUAGUAUUACAGUCUCUAUGCUCAGUUCCACUGUUUGUUAAUGAUUUAUUCAAUCAGGGUUUCCCAUGGAUUAAACCUCCCAGAGAUGAUUUUAACAUGCGCUUGAUGCAACUGCUUGUGUUGAAAGAUAUUUACAACACGAAGACUAGGGAGAAGUUGCUUAUAAGUAUUACCAAAGCCCUCCCAGAACUUGGAGAGGUAUUCACUGCUGAUACGCAGAAUGAUGCUCAUGAGUUUUUGAGUCUCUGUUUAGUUCAGCUGAAGGAAACUGUACAGAAAUUAACUGUAUUGUGGCAAUCUGAAAAUGAAUCUGGGGGAAAUAGUUUAGUUAGACGGAUGUUUGCUGACCAUGCUAUUAUCAACAAAACUCCUGUUUGUCCUGUUGCCAAUAAUUUUGAAUUUGAGUUGACGAGAUCUAUUUUUUGUAAAGGUUGUGGCCUGGCUGUUUUCAAGAAAGAACAGAGUAGUUAUCUCUCCAUCAACAUUCCUCAAGGAAUGAAAGGCCAGAACUUGUCUAUUCAGUCCAGUUUUGAUUGUUUUUUUAAAGCAGAAGAGCUUGAGCAUAGAUGUGAAAGGUGCAUGCACAACAGAUCUAUUGCAUUGCACAGAUUUGGCAGCCUCCCCAGGGUUAUUAUUCUUCACCUAAAACGCUAUAGUUUUAGUGAGUCACAGGUAAUGAUGAAGGAUGAACAACACAUCAUUAUUUCCAAAUAUUUAAAGCUGUCUUUUUACUGCAACAAAAACACAAAACUACCUCAGCCCCUUAGUCAAAAUGCACAUGUUAAGGAUCUGGACUUACUAAAACCCCUUCAAGAGUUGGGUUCUGAAAUACUGAAAUUCUCAUUUAGUCCUACGAGGACCUCAGGAUUCAAGGAUUUCCCAUCUGUAAACACAGGAUCAGACAAGGAGUCAGAAGCACAAAAUGUAAACAGAGUUUCUAAAGUGGUGAGUGGAAAUUUGCAGCAGGAAGAUCAGGGAAAGGGUGACACAUCAAAUGUAAUUGGGUCAGAAUUAACAAAUGAGGCAGAAAAACUGAAGGAACACAAGAAAGCAGAUUUACUUAGUAACUUAGGUUCUGGUACAAUCAGUGAGGCUACUAAAGAUAAUGGUAUCAGAAUUCCAGAAAGAUCCCAAAAGUACCAACUGGCCCAGAAAUGUUCUGAAGAAAGAAGUGAUGAACAGACCUCCCGAGAGGCAGUUGUACAAAGCCAUCCAAAACCACACUCCCAUGAACAGAUAGGAAGCCACAAGAAACCUGCAGAGUCCCAUACGUCAGAUGUGAGUUCACAGGACUCCCAAGAUUCCUGUAAGAAUCCAGGAAGCAAAGAUGAUUUAUGUAAGAAGAGAAAGCCUAAAAGCAAGGUAGAUGCACAAGGGGUGACUGAUAAAGAAGAAAAUUCUUACAGGAUCUUUAAUAUUAUCAGCCAUAUUGGAAGCAGCCCUCAUGGAGGCCACUAUAUCAAUGAUGCCUUUGAUUUCAGGAAACAGGAUUGGUUCACUUAUAGUGAUCCACAGGUGACAAGUAUACAAGAGGACCUUGUAUGCCAGGCUAGACUUUCCACUGGGUAUGUCUUCUUUUACAUGCAUAAUGAGAUCUUUGAAGAGCUCUUGGCAAGGGAAACUAGGUCUCGCAAAGUGUCACAGAAGUAAUACAAGAGACAUGUAUCUCAUAGUACAUAUCUACCUGAAUGCCUCACUCACUUAAACUGGAUCGAGGACAGAUAAAUAGCCCAGGACCAACAUCUCAACAAACAAUUACAGAGAAAUCAUCUUACUAACUCUGACCACAUCAAUCCUAAAGUUAGUUACAGUUUAUGCUAAUAAGUGUUCCUCUGGCAUACAAAACUGGAACUGUGUCUUUUGUAUACUUUUUGUCAGAAAAUAAAUUUAUUAUUGAUAGUGAAGUUUUCUGUAUUCACUAUGGAAUUUGCAUAACCCAGGGUUACCUUUAUAUGAAUAAAAAUGCCUUAUUGUACUUGCAAUCAUAAA